AUAGCUUCCGCGCUUUAUGUGUCCUGGCGGCCGGUAAUGCAGAUACGACAUGUCGCUAAUUCAUGGGGAUCUCGGGAGGGAAUUGGCGUCCUACUCUUCGUUCGCUCUUCUCAUUACCGAGAAAUAACUGCGCCGAUUGUAUCAUAGGAUCGAUCUUCUUCCCUGCAUAUAAAUAUCAAUCCCUCUCCUUCGUCCUCCUUCUCUUCCUCACGGCACAUCCUACUUCCACUUCUCUAAAACCAAGAGUUGGCGAUACAUGGUGCCUCGUGUCCAGGUCUCAGCUCGUGAGAGGAGUUGAAGACGCUCCAAAAGAUGCCAAACAACCGUGCGAUGGAGCGGCUUGGAGAUGAUGAAGAGAACGAAAGGGCGGCGUGGAAUAUGGAGAGAGGCCUUGCCGCGGGUGAUGCUGAAUGGCA